AAACAGAGGCGCACAGACACAGUAGUAAUUGGAGGAAUGGCAGCGAAUGGCAACAUCGGCGCCGCCUUGACUCAGUGGGGUUUAAAUAACUUCCGAAUUUCGGCCGUUAUCGAUCGUUUGAACCUUCAAUUCUCCAACAACAUUGCAAACCACACAGGCUUCAAAAAUCUCUUCCUCUCUCUCUCCAGAGGGAUUGAUUUUUGCAUAGCAAACAAUUAUGUUCCAAACACAUCAUCCGCCUUACCUUCUCUUAUAAAGCAGGUGGUUCAAAUUCAAACUGAUGCCCAAACACAAUCAGCUAUUAUGGUCCUGAUGGUUUCUUUUAAGAGAGCUUGUCAGCAUGGGUGGUUUCCCGAUCAAGACUCUGCAGAGCUCAUCAAUCUUGCAGAAGAGGUUGCAAGCAAUUUUUCUAGUGCAUCAGAUCUCAGAAAUGAACCAAACCCUUCUCACUCAGUUAUCUCAACAGCUAUGUCAAGGAUGCAUCUCAGCAAUGAACCAAACCCUUCUCAAUCAGUUAUGUCAAGUGAUACGACUACCAUCAAGACAGAACUUAACGAAGAAGGCCCAAAGACUGCAGCCACAAUGCAUGGGUUGAACUAAACCACUACCCCAGCGUCAAACGAGGCCUCCGGACUGCUAUCAAAAUUAUGUUCGUCAUCAGAGUAGUUAUCUUAUUAUUACUAGGUAGAGAGUAGAGCGUAAUAUAAGCUCUUUUCCGGGUUUUCUUUGUUGGUUAUUUCCCGGAUCUUAAAAAAGAGUCGAACCAACUAACCAAGGGCUGUAACAAGAUCUAUUUUACUUUUACGUAUUCAUCGCAGGAAAAUCCUAAACCUACAUCCUCCGUCAAAAGGAACUAGUAUUUCCCAAGAU